CUUUCUAAUGGUCAUCUACUUCAGGAUGUAUAGGUUGACAUCAAUACAAAUUUAAUUUUAAUGCGUUAAUCUGUUUCGGUUGUUUUUUCAGCUUGGUUUGCUUAGGUUACACUCUAGGAUGGAUUGUAUUUUCUGUUUUUCUGUUAAGCGCAUAGAGACCCGUGUAUUAUGUGCUAUAUAAGUCCCCAACCAUUACCAUUACUUCUGUAAAUAAAAAAAAUUGAAUACUGUAUAAUUAUGAUUUAAUUUUGCAGGCUGAAUAAUCUUGUGCCACACAAUGGAGAAAUAUGGCUGAAAUUUGGGGGGAUCAGGGGGGGUGGGUCAACUAAAUUUGAAAUACAAAUUGUCAACAUAAAAAAUCCAAAUGCAACCAGAAACGUUGUAGUCGUUCUCCUGUUUGAGGCGCCAGAUUGCAUGUUCAACAUAGAGGCAACCUUGCCAAAUAUAUCGCAUGCAAUUGCAAAAAUGGAUGGGACCAAAUGGAGGGACUAUACUCUAAGGCUGUUUGGUUUCGGCGACUAUGUCUACCUUACAAAGCUCUAUGGGCUUCUUGGACCUAAUGGACGUUAUCCGUGCCUUUAUUGCACACAAACUGCGAAGGAAAUCAAAGAUGGACAAACACCAACAGAACACCGGACAUUAAAGCAAAUAAACAAUGAUUAUGCAAAAUUUAUAGAAGAUGGAAGAAAGGAAAUGGCAAAAGAAGUAUCAAGAUGUGUCAUAAAGAAGCCCUUAGUAGACACUGAAAUUGAUCAUGUUUCUGUUCCGUCUCUUCAUGUAUCUUUGGGGAUUUUCAAGAAGCUAUAUGAGAAGCUGGAAACAGAUGCCCAUGAAAUCGACAUGAUUGUAUACAAUUCUCAAAUUUGAAGCAAAAGAUAAAGAAACUGAUAGAAGAAAUUGAAGAAAUUGAAGAUGG